AUGGAUCAAAUUACAAAAUAUUCUUCAAAAGCAGAAGAUAUUCUUGGAACAAUUUCUCAACCUUUGAAGCCCCAUAUUCCUGCAAUAGCUCGUUUUCUUAUCGUCGCUACAUUUUUAGAAGAUGCAUUAAGAAUUUUGUUUCAGUGGAGUGCUCAAGUAUACUAUCUUGAAAGAGUGAGACAUAUUCCAUGGGGUUUAACACAUAUUUUUUUGUUUGGAAAUGUUGUUGCAAUGUUUGCAGGCUCAUUCUUGGUAAUUAAAAGAAAGUAUCCAGAAUAUGCAGUUAUUAGUCUAUUCCUAGUAAUAUUAACACAAUCAAUUGGAUAUGGUUUAUUUUUUGAAUUAAAUUUUUUUUUAAGAAGUCUUUCAGUAACAGGUGGUCUAUUGAUGGUAUUAUCUGAUGCUUUCUCAAAAAAAAAAUCUGUAUUUGCUGAUCUUCCACAAUUAUCAGAGCGUGAUCGUAAAACUUAUUUUCAGUUGGCUGGACGUGUUCUUUUGAUCUUUUUAUUUAUUGGUUUUAUAUUUCAUGGUGAAUGGUCAAUUACAAGAUUCACAGUUUCUAUAAUUGGGUUUAUUGCUUGUGUCAUGGUGGUUGUCGGUUUCAAGGCUAAAUGGUCUGCUACUUUUUUGGUCUUAUUUCUUUCCGUCUUUAAUAUAUUUAUCAAUAACUUUUGGUCAGUUCAUCAUGCUGAUCCACAACGUGAUUUCUUGAAAUAUGAUUUCUUUCAAACACUUAGUAUUGUUGGUGGACUAUUACUAUUAGUAAACAUGGGUCCUGCUUAUACUAAAACCCCACAAGAAUUAUUAGAAUAUUUUGAUGUUGACAUUGAACAUGGUUUAACUGAGAAACAACUCCAAAAGGCAAUCGAAAAAUAUGGAAAAAAUGAACUUCCUCAAGAAGAACCUACCCCUUUAAUAGAGCUUAUUUUAGAACAAUUUAAAGAUCAACUUGUAAUAAUUCUUUUGAUUUCUGCCGCAAUAUCUUUUGUACUUGCUUUAUUGGAAAGCGAGAAUGAACAAGGAACAGCUUUUGUUGAGCCAAUUGUUAUUCUUUUAAUUUUAAUUGCAAAUGCUACUGUCGGUGUAGUUCAAGAAACUAAUGCUGAAAAGGCUAUCGAGGCUUUAAAAGAAUAUUCACCUGAUGAAGCAAAAGUUUUACGUGGUGGUCAUCACUUUAAAAUUCAUUCAUCUGAACUUGUCCCUGGUGAUAUUAUUGAUAUUUCUGUGGGUGAUAAAAUUCCUGCUGAUGCUCGUUUAUUAAAAAUUAGCUCUUCCACCUUUCGUGUUGAUCAAUCUCUAUUAACUGGUGAAAAUGUCAGUGUUAACAAAAUCACUGAAGCAAUCAACGAUCCAAACGCUGGGACCACAGUCGUAUUAGGAAAAGGCCGUGCAGUAGUAGUUCAAACAGGGUCGAGUACCGCAAUAGGAGAUAUUCACAAAAGUAUUACAACUCAGAUAUCUGAAAAAACUCCUUUAAAACGUAAAUUGGACGAAUUUGGUGAUUUACUUGCUAAAGUUAUAUCGGUUAUAUGUGUUCUUGUAUGGGUUAUAAACAUUCGUCAUUUCAAUGAUCCUUCACAUCAUAGUUGGCUUAAAGGUGCUAUUUAUUAUUUCAAAAUUGCUGUUGCAUUAGCUGUUGCUGCAAUACCUGAAGGAUUGGCUGUAGUUAUUACUACUUGUUUGGCUUUGGGUACCAAAAAAAUGGCAAAAAGGAAUGCUAUUGUUCGUUCUCUUCCAUCCGUAGAAACAUUAGGUUGCACCAGUAUUAUAUGUUCCGAUAAAACUGGUACUCUUACUACAAAUCAAUAUCAUGUUGAGGGUUCAAGUUAUGCUCCACAUGGUGAUAUUUUCACUUCUGAUGGCAAAAUUGUCGAAUCACUUCCUGUAAUUAAUGCUUGUGUAAAUGAUUUGGCUCGAGUUUGUGCUUUAUGUAAUGAUUCACAGAUUGCCUAUGAUGAUUCAACUUCUACGUAUCAUAAUGUUGGUGAACCUACAGAAGCUGCUCUUAAAGUUCUUGUUGAAAAACUUGGCACUGAUAAUUCACAUUUCAAUUCUUCCCUUUCUACUUUAUCAUCAAAAGCUCGUACAACUGCUUGUAAUAACUAUUAUGAUAGUCAUAAUCGUCGUAUUGCUACACAUGAAUUUUCACGUGAUAGAAAAUCUAUGUCUGUUCUAGUUCAGUCAACUAAAGUUGAUUCUUCAGCUACAUUACUUGUAAAAGGUGCACCAGAAUCUGUACUUGAUCGUUGCAAAUUUGUACGUUUAUCAUCAGAUAUUAGUCCUGCGACUACAGAAUUAGCUCCCAAAAUUAGGCAAAGAUUAAAUGAAAAAAUUUUAGAAUAUGGUAGACAAGGUUUACGUGUUUUAGCUAUUGCAAAAAUUGAUGGAUUGACAUCAUCAUCCUUGAGCGGAUACGACCUUAAUGAUCCUAAUGCAUUUAUCCAGAUAGAACACAACAUGACUUUUAUUGGAUUUGUUGGUAUGCUUGAUCCACCACGCCCGGAGGUUGUUGAAUCGAUAAAAAAAUGUGUGACUGCUGGUAUUCGUGUUAUUGUAAUUACUGGCGAUAAUCAAAAUACAGCUGAAGCUAUCUGUAGAAAAAUUGGUAUCUUUGGCGAACAUGAAGAUUUAACAGGAAAGUCAUAUACCGGUAGAGAAUUUGAUCAAAUGUCAAAUGAUCAAAAAUUAGUAGUAGUAAAGCAAGCUAGUUUGUUUUCAAGAACUGAACCAACUCACAAAAGCGAACUUGUUGAUUUACUACAAAGUCAAGGUGAAAUAGUUGCUAUGACAGGUGAUGGUGUGAAUGAUGCACCAGCUCUCAAAAAAGCUGAUAUUGGUAUAGCAAUGGGAUCUGGAACAGAUGUUGCCAAGCUAGCAGCUGAUAUGGUUCUUGCUGAUGAUAAUUUUGCAUCCAUUGAAGGUGCUAUUGAAGAAGUAAUACUUGGCAUGCCAGAAGCAUUAAUUCCUGUUCAACUUCUCUGGGUAAAUCUUGUAACUGAUGGUCUUCCAGCUGUUGCACUUGGAUUUAAUCCUCCAGAUCACGAUAUAAUGAGAUGUCCACCAAGAAAUGCUCGUGAGCCUAUUGUUGGAAGAUGGUUAUUCUUUCGAUAUGUCAUUGUUGGUACUUAUGUUGGUGCUGCUACGGUGUUUGCAUAUGCUUGGUGGUUUUUGUUUUAUGAAGGUGGACCGCAAAUUUCUUUUUAUCAAUUGUCUAAUUUUCACAGAUGCAAUGAAUUAUUUCCGGAAAUUGGUUGUGAAAUGUUUUCUAAUAUAAUGUCUAUGCGUGCAACCACAAUGUCGCUUUCUGUUUUGGUGACCAUCGAAAUGUUUAAUGCCACAAACUCUCUUAGUGAAAAUGAAAGUUUAUUAACCCUUCCAGUAUGGUGUAACAUGUACCUUGUCUAUUCAAUUUGUCUUUCAAUGUUAUUACAUUUCAUGAUACUUUAUGUUCCAUUCUUUUCGAUGCUUUUUGCAAUCGUACCUUUAAAUUGGGCAGAAUGGCAAGCAGUAAUAUAUAUAUCAAUACCUGUUAUUUUUAUAGAUGAAAUAAUGAAAUUAUUGAGUCGUGUAUAUGUUG